UGCUACAUUUCACUUGAAUAACAAAACUUCAAAAGGUCAAAUUUAUUCAGUUUUACUGUCUGACCGAACCAGUUGGCAUUAUUAUAUUUUGUAUCAGCAAAACCCGAAAGCCACAGAAAAAUUGCUUGAAUGUUAGGAAAAUUUUUCGGCGAAGCUCAGAAUCCCAUUUAAAUGUCUGGUCAUCGAUCGCGACACGUUCGCCGUCCGGCAGCGGAAAUAGUCCGCGAACUGAGGAAUCUUCGAUCCUCGCCUCUGCGAAUCGACGACGAGAACGAGGCAUGGGCGGAGGGCUACGAGAAGCCGCCCACUCCAGAUCUUCCGGUGACCAGUCGCGAUCAAUUGGAGCAGCUACGUUUGAGUCGCCACCGUAUUGGCCUGCUCCUGAUCCGUCCCGCUUUUGAGCAGGCCGUCACUGGGUGCUUUGUCCGGGUGAACGUCAAUGGCCAGGAGGAGUUGCCCGAUCAUCGGAUCGCCGAGGUGCUGGGCAUCUGCGAACUGGACUUUGGCUACAAGGUGGAACAAAUACCCACGAAUGUAGCGCUGAGGCUGCGCUACGAGGACCUGGUGAUGCAGCACGAGAUCAACGAUGUAUCCAAUUUGGCCUUUACCCAGGAUGAAUUCGAAUUGUGGCGCGAUAACUGCGUUAACCAGGCCCUCAGUCCACCCACCACCCACAUGGUGACGCGCAAGAAGGUCGAGCUGUACAACGCCCUGCAGUCCGAGGCCAAGCCAUUAUCCCUUAUCCAAAGGACCUUCUCCUUCGCCCUGAGGCCCCCGCAGAAAAGCGGCAUCAUGGAGCGACAUGGCGCCGUUUAUCCCUGGCGAUUGAAGCAUCCCCUCCCGUUCGUGCCGCAACCACCGAUCAUGCCACUGCCUAAAAAUCCGCCCAGGGGUCUCACCUACCGCCCCAAACUAGAAACCGUAGCAGAGGAGGAGGAACCGGAGGACAGCGGCACUGGCACUGCGAAGAUAUUGACAAUUGGCACAACUUUUAAUGGCUUGUUAUCAUAAAUAAUUAUAGUAAUAA